AGUUGAUUUGGAAAUUAAACAUCUGUACGUUUUGAGCACGCGUUUUGUUUGGAGGAGCCGGCUGAUAAGAAGAUCAAAAGAUAAAAAUGGAUAUUAGACCUAAUCAGACAAUAUACAUUAACAACCUGAAUGAAAAAAUAAAAAAAGAUGAAUUGAAGAAAUCCUUGUAUGCCAUAUUUUCACAGUUUGGACAGAUUUUAGACAUUGUUGCUUUGAAGACAUUGAAGAUGAGGGGACAGGCAUUUGUUAUAUUUAAAGAUAUCAACAGUGCAAAUAGUGCAUUACGAUCAAUGCAGGGUUUUCCUUUCUAUGACAAACCCAUGAGAAUUCAGUAUUCUAGAAAAGAUUCUGAUUUAGUAGCCAAAAUGAAAGGAACAUUUGUAGAGAGACCAAAGAGAAAGAAGGAAGAAGAACCAGAAAUUAAGAAAAAGAAGAAAACUCCAGCAUCUCAAAGACAAAAUGCAGCUCCAGCACCACAAACGCCAGCUAUGGCACAAGUACCACAGAUCAACCCAGCCACAACAGCGCCAUCACAGCCUCCUUCAGCACCAGCUGGACCUACAACAAUACCUGAACAACCACCUAACCAGAUCUUAUUCUUGACCAAUUUACCUGAAGAAACAAAUGAGAUGAUGUUGUCCAUGUUGUUCAAUCAAUUCCCUGGUUUCAAGGAAGUUCGUUUGGUACCAGGAAGACAUGACAUUGCUUUUGUUGAAUUUGAGAAUGAGGUUCAGUCUGCAGCUGCUAAAGAGGCGUUACAAGGAUUCAAGAUCACUCCAACAAAUGCAAUGAAGAUAUCAUUUGCUAAAAAAUAGACAAUUCUGAUGAGGACUUAGUAUUGUUGUUGUUAUUAAAUUUUUUAUCUUGACAUAAUCAUGCAGAAAUUCAGUUCAAAAAUAUAUAAAGAGUUUGUAAAAGGUAUUGCUAUUUUAAAGCGAAUUUCUUGACAAAACUAAAAAUUUGGUUUUACGAAGCUCUCCUAAGACUUGCUAUUCAAUUUAAAUUAAAUUUUUUUUUUAAAUGUGUAGGCAAAUCGUUUUACUCUAAAUAUUUGAUUAGAUAUAGUUUAAUACAAUGGUGUUUUUUUUUAUUUUUCCAAAGAUUUUUUUUUUUUAAUUUCAAAUUGAUAACUUGCUUUUAAGUUAUUGAACUUAAUUCACCCAAUUACUGAAACAAAUGCACAUUUUAUCAUUGUUUGUUUUAGAAAGGGGUGGUGACAUAGGAGAAAUGGCCUUGAACAACUGUGAAUAUGACAGAAUUGUACCAAAAUAUCUUAUGAAUUUUAAUGUAAUCCUGUUGUACAAAGUGGGUAGCUAUUAUGACUUCAAACUUUUAAAUGUAGAGAGGUUAAAGAGUAAGGUUACUAUAAAUGAGCAUACUCAAUUAUAAAAUGUUAAUUUGACAGAAAUGUACGUAAUUAUUUGACAAAUUUCAAUGUAAUCCUGUUGUAUAAGUUUGGUAGGUAUUUUCACAUGAAACUGAUGGAAGUUUCAAAUUUUUCAUUGAAAUAACAGAUAUUAAAAGUUCAGUUUUUCUUUGGAAUAACAGAUAUUAAAGGCUCACAGUGCAGUUGAAUACUGGUAGGUAACACUUCCGGUAGGUAGAUAGAUAUUGUUAUUGGCAUUGCACUGAGCCAACUGUUGUUAUAUACAGCAUUGCACCCUCUGUCAGCUUUAUACAGAUAUUCAUCAUAAUCAUCAGACAUUCUGUGUAGCUGACAUUGCACAAAGGGCUAUCAUCUUUGUAAUUAUGAUUUGUCAAUAAAUCUGAUUCAUCUA